AUGCGUUCUUUGAGCCUCCUUCUUGCCAUUGUCGCCUUUGCUGCUUCGGCUCUGGCUCUCACGAUCGUUGCGCCCAAGGCUGGGGACCAGGUCGACUUCAGCAAGUCGUACAAAUUUCAAUGGACGACAGUUUCUUCUGAUCCGGACGAGGUCACUCUGGUCCUGGUCAACAUGGCCUCCCAGCCUACCGUCAACAAGGUCAUCACCCAGAAUGCCAAGGUCUCCGAUGGCGCCUAUACCGUGGACAUGAUCACCGGGAUUCCUGUUGCUAAUGGCUACCAACUGAAUGCUAUUGCCAAUACCACCCAGAACACUGGCAUCUUGAGCCAGUCGAAUCAGUUCAACGUGACCAAGGUUGGCAAAGUUGAGACGGCACAUGCACAUGCACCACUAUCUUCCAGCACCUACACCAGCACCAGAUAUAAGUCACGCCCCUGCAUCUAUCACAAGACCUCUUCACCAUCUUCAUCAUCAUCUAGCACCAUUCCCUCCGCCUCCGUGAGACCGGCCACAGCAUCUGCCACUACUGCCACCAAGACCGCUGCCUCCGCCACUGCCUCCGCCGGAGCUGCCGCAAGCGCAAUGACCCUGAGCGGUCCCCUCGCCGUGCUCAGCGCCCUCGUGAUGAGCAUCUUCGCCGGAGCCUUGUAA